AUGAGGUUGCCGUGGAGACCAGGUGUGGCUCUCCUGUUUGGGGUGGUCUUAAGUAUCAGUGACCCUUACCUAACCACCUCGCUAGACAUACCCCUGGAAGUUUUAGAUCACAUAAACAUUGAGCAGCUGCCCACCAUCACAGAACAGUCUCCCAGCUCUCUGAUCGCCGUCCCCUUCGACGAGAGCUUCCCUCUCCAAUGUGAAGCCAAAGGCAACCCUGAGCCUAAAUUCAGAUGGACGCGAAAUGGACAAGAAUUUGAUCCCUACCAGGAUCCGAGGUUAAUAACGGAAGAGAAUUCAGGGACCUUUGUGAUCCCGAACAAUGGGAACCUUACUGAGUACCAGGGAACCUAUCGUUGCUAUGCCUCAAACAGGCUGGGGACCGCCAUAUCGGAGGAGAUUGAAUUCAUUGUUCCCCAUGUUCCCAAGUUUCCCAAAGAGAAGAUUGACCCGAUCGAAGUGGAGGAAGGCCGGCCAGUGGUUUUGGAGUGUAAUCCACCCAAAGGGAUUCCUCCCCUCCAGAUCUACUGGAUGACAAUAGGUCUGCAACACAUAGAGCAGGAUGAGAGAGUGUCGAUGGGUCUGAAUGGAAACCUCUACUUCUCCAACACCGUGCAGAAGGACAGCCGCAACGAUUACUGCUGCUUCGCCUCUUUCCCCAGGAUACGCACCAUCGUGCAGAAAACGGCCAUGUCCGUUAUCGUCAAAAGCACUAAUGCCAUCUUAGAGAGGAAACCCAGGCUGCUGUCGCCCCCUGGUGAAAAGACCUACUCAUACUUGGUGAAAGGAGAGGAACUUCAGCUGGAGUGCAUCGCAGAGGGCUUUCCCACUCCGAAGAUCGAGUGGACUAAGGUGGGAUACGCACUUCCGGACCGAGCCGCUGUGGAGAACCACGGGAAACUCCUCAUCAUAGAGGACGUGAAUGAGGAAGAUGAGGGGAAAUACAUGUGCAAGGCCAAGAACGCCCUCGGGGACGCGGUUCAUUACUUCGUCGUGACGGUGGAAGAGCCACCUCGUUGGGUUAUACAGCCACAGAGUCAGUUUAGCAUGGUUGGCGUUGAUGUUACAAUCAAAUGCGCAGCAGCUGGUAAUCCGCAACCCACGAUAACAUGGAGAGUGAACGGAAGGCCUCUUCACGAAGUCCCAGUUGCCAACAGAAGGGUAUUUGAUGACACCAUCGUAAUACGCAAUCCCAACACCAGCGACAGCGCAGUUUACCAGUGCGAAGCCUCAAACAAAUACAGGACAAUUCUUACCAACGCCAACAUCAUGGUUAUGAACCUGAGGCCUCAGAUUCUGACAGAGGAUGGUCAGCAGUACACAGCAGUGGAAGGGAAGAGUGUGAUGAUGCACUGUAAGGUCUUCAGUUCUCCACCUUCCACCAUCACCUGGAGUGAGGUUGACAGUGCUAAAUCUGUAGAGGGGCCACGGUUCUCUCUCCACGAGAACGGCUCUUUGGAGAUCCGCGACGUCAAAAAGGAGGAUAUGGGAGAGUACUCCUGCUUCACCGAAAAUACCGAGGGCAAGUCAGCCAUCACAGCUCUACUAGACAUCAAAGAUCCCACCAGAAUCGUGGAUCCACCAAAAGAUUUGCGAAUCCUGAUUGGGACCACUGCCCGAUUCUCUUGUCUGGCCGAGUUCGACCCCUCGUUGACUGACGACUUUGAGAUGUUCUGGGAGAGGGAUGGCAUGAUCCUCAACGACACCGCGGCGACAGAGUAUUUUGUGGAUGGUAGCUUGCUGCAGAUCAUGAAUGUCAGCUAUACCGAUCAGGGCCAAUACUUGUGUGUGGUCAGGACACCAAUGGAUGAGGACUCUGCGUCUGCAUGGCUCACUGUGCUGGAUGUCCCCGACGCACCAGAGGAGUUGACGUUGUCCGAACACAAGGGUAGAAGUGCGAAACUGAAAUGGAUCCCUGGAGAUGACCACAACAGCUCCACGAAGGAGUUCAUUGUUGAGUACGAGGAAAGCCAGUGGGAACCAGGGACUUGGAAGGAGCUGCUUAGAGUUCAGGGUAACCACACUUCCGCCCUGCUGAAACUUCACGGCCACGUGGACUACCGAUUCCGUGUGUCCGCCGUCAAUGCGGUGGGCAGGGGUUUUGCCAGCCAGCCCUCGGAGAGAUACAAAACUCCACCAACAGCUCCUGACAAGAAUCCAGAAAAUAUCAAGAUCGAAGGUCAUUUGCCACAUGAAAUGGAUAUUAACUGGGAGCCGCUGGCGCCGAUAGAACACAACGGGCCGGGCCUGGAGUAUAAAGUGAGCUACCGACGACAGGGAGCGGAGGAGGACUGGCACGAACAUGUGGUGAAGAGACACUCGUUCGUGGUGAAAAACACCCCCACGUUCGUUCCCUACGAAAUCAAAAUCCAAGCCAGAAAUCACCAAGGCUGGGCACCAGAACCCAAAAUAGUGACAGCUUACUCCGGAGAGGACUUCCCCUCUGCUGCUCCGGAUGACGUUGCUGUAGAGGUGAUGAACAACACGAUGGUCAAGGUGAGCUGGACACGAGUUCACAAGGACAAGCUGCACGGACAUCUGGGAGGCUACAGGAUAAACUGGUGGAGAUUACGCAGUCUUGUCAGCUCAAAGAAAAUUCACGGAGACAAACACACGCUGACAUUCCCUGGAGACCGUAACCAUGCCUUAGUACUCGGGCUUAGUCCCUUCUCUGAGUACAGCCUGAUAGUCAUGGCCUUUAACGGUCGUGGAAAUGGACCCGGUAGCCAUCCUGUCAACUUCAAAACUCCAGAAGGAAUCCCAGAUCAAACCCCUCUUUUCAGAGCGACAGAUAUUCAGAAACAUGCCGUCACCCUCACCUGGGCUCCGCCAGAGGAACCUAACGGGAUCCUCACCGGCUAUCUCCUGCAGUACCAGCUGAUAAACAACACGGAGGACGUGGGACCACUCUGGUCCGUGAACAUUACCAACCCAGACACCACUAAGUGGUUCCUGCAGGAUCUGGAAGCAGUGAGCAAAUACAAGUUUUACCUGAGGUGCUGUACCAGAGUGGGCUGCGGACCAGCCGCCAGUGAAGAGUGCACCACGGUCCCCGAAGCACCUUCAACAGAUGUGCCAACUCUUCACAUCAGGUCGUCCAGCUCUCCCUCUCGUCCAAUCACGACAGUUUCCCCCGUUGUCAAAGCCACUAUGUCCUCCAUAGUCCCUGCUCUGUUGAAUAUUAGCUCCUCAGUUAGCGACAGCUAUGCAAAAAUCACCUGGGUACCUGGGAACGAACAACAGGAUUCAGAAUUAUAUGUUGCAUAUAGGAACGACCGUGAAGGGCAUUGGAAGAUAUCGGAGGCAGUUAAUUCCUCUAAGACUUUCCACAUCAUUGAGGGCCUCACGCCUGGAACUGUGUACACUGUUCGACUAUUGACUAAGAGUUCGGUUGAUAAUUCUAGUCUUUUUGAAGAUGUUAUCAAGACCAGGGCUAAAGGACUGGCGAGUAUUCACGGAGGCAUAUCUAACCAAGGCUGGUUCAUUGGGCUGAUGGUCGCCAUAGCCUUCCUCACACUCAUCGUGUUGAUCGCCUGCUUCGUCAACAGGAACAAAGGGGGAAAGUAUUCCGUGAAAGAGAAGGAGGAUCUCCAUCCAGACCUAGAGUCACAGGGUAUGAAUGAAGACACCUUCUGUGAAUACAGUGACAAUGACGAGAAGCCGCUGAAAGGGAGCCAACACACUCUGAAUGGGGACAUGAAGGCUGGAGACAGCGGGGACAGUCUGGUGGACUAUGGGGACGAAGACACCCAGUUCAACGAGGAUGGCUCCUUUAUUGGCGAGUACGCAGGCCGCAAGGAGCGAACCUCCAUGGAAAUCAAAACCACCAAUCAAAGCACGGCGUAA